AAUUAAAUUGGAGCUUGAAUAUUGCACAACACCACUGCAUGGAGUGUACAGAGAGCUGCUUCAACUGAGGAAGAAUUUGAAAAAAGAAGUUAAACAUUUGGUUCUGAAAUUAUUCCAUUGGAGAAUUUACCAGGUUGCAGUUACGUUCGGAACUGGAAGUGUUUGACAGCUAAUGGAAGGAAAAACACAGGGAAAAUCUACUUCUGUUUCAAGAUUGCCCAAAUUUGGUGGUGGAACCUCUAAACUAAGUGAGACUCUUCCCCAAGUUGUAGCAAAUGGAGCCUGUGUUCGCAGUGCCAGUGCUUCUAGCACUUCAAAAGUUGGUGACAAGCAAAAUGGGGCUGGCUGUGUUGGCAGCUUUUCUUUCAAUUGGAAAAGAUCUGUUAAAACGAAACCAGGUGGACAAGGUGCAAAAGACUCAGCUAGUUCUUACCCUUGUACUUUUACAAGUGAAGAACUUGGUAAAAUGGAGAGAAACUCUUAUUCUACGGCUCCAAUUAUUAAAGAUCACACAAACCUGGGCUUUAAGAGUAAAACUACCGCAGCAUCUAGGCAUCAAAAGCAGAUUAUACCUUAUGACAACAAAAGCAAAAUCCUUGUAGCCGGAUUAAAUAAUUCCAUGAAAGGAAAUCGUGGGAAAAUGCUGGGAAAGCCAUUCACAUCCUCACAAAUUGCACGGUCCCAUUCAGUUGGCCAGUUUCAUAAAACAACCGUUGCAAAGAUGUCUGAACAAGAAGGGACUUUCUCUGGAUCAAGCAGUUCAAAAGAUAGUCUUAGCCAAUCUACAGAGAGUUUGAAGAACUUGUCAGAUGAGAACAUUGUAAGAUCACAGAGCUUUUCUUAUUCCAUACAAAAUAACUCUUGUGGUACUGAAGUAAUACCAAGAUCUUUGUCCUUUUCAAAGGCUGUGGAUAGAUCUUGUCUGACACAGCAAACGAGAUCGGGUCUGCCGUUGAAAUCCAGUGUUCUUCGCUAUGGCAAUAUGAAGAGUACCAAUAGCUCAAGCACAAGUGAAUUACUCUGUAAACGUACUUCCAGUAGACCAUGUCUAAAAGCACCAUCAUCUGCCUUCAAAAAAUCUUUGCUUCCUCCUAGUUGCUCCACAGCUCCAUUUUAUGCUUCUACCUCUGCCUCCAAGUUCUCACGAUCUUCGUUGAUGAAGUGUAGUAGGCUAGUCUCUUCAGGAUCAGGAAGUAAUGUAAAUUCAAUGUCUGAGACCAGAGAAGAAGUCCCUGGGACUCAAACAGUCGGUGAAAGCAGUUUAAAUAAUGAAAAUGUAAAUAGUGAAUAUGCUGCUGAGAAUGUGUUAAGUGUUAGUACUGUAGAUGAGAGCACUGUACCUGGAAGUAAUGAAGAACUUGAAUCUGUGUCUGGAAAAAGUACUGAUAAUCCAGAACUGACCAUUUCAAUUGACUCCAGUUGUGAUAUAAAUGAAGAUAAAAGUGAACAUUUACCUAAUUCAGGUACUGAGUCCAUUGAAAUUGUGGAUAGUGACAACUCUAUUUCUGCAGAAAUUCCUGAUGAUCUUUACAAUCCUAAUGAGGCCAUGUCUUCAGCUGGAAUAGAGGAAGCCCUACUUGCUGCAUAUACAGGCACGGACUGGAUAGAGACUGGCUUGUCUGACCAUUGUAAAGAUUUGGUGAGUUCCCAGGCCACGGCGUCAGGUAAUGAUCUUAUGUCUCCAGAUGCCAACUACGCAAUGGGUUCCUCCUUUGAGCUUUCUCCUUCCAGUAGCUCUGCCGGAACGUACAUGUGGGAUGAAGAGGGCAUGGAGGCACUUGGUACCAUUCAGCAGUGUGGCAGCCUUGAAUCUUCAGAGAUGAACAGCCUGGAUAUUUUGAAUAACCUGGAAUCAGGUGAUCUGGAUGAAGAUGAUCUCAUGUUGGAUGUUGAUCUGCCUGAGGAUACUCCUUGCAAGCUGGAGGCAUGUGAAAGUAUGGCUCAUCUGGAACGAUCAGAGAGAGGAACGAGGAGCCAAGGAUUCUGGAGGAAAAGAUAUCCACGUUGGAAUGGACAGGAGCAGUAUCACCAUGGCAACAGCGAAACACAAAGGAGUCCCGCUUCCCAAGAGCUUCCAGUGGGCCACUUUGAUUGGCAUGCGGCUGCAAGUUACUGCCGACCUCCUAGUGGUCAUGUGAGAUCGUCUCGGCCUCUGACUGAGAACACUGUGAUGCUGGAUGUGCUGACGCUGCGCCACAUGGUGCAUGACUGCACCUCUGUCAAAACCCAGAUACUGAAAUUGAAGCAAUUGCUGCAACAGAAUGACGACAGCUCCCCAGUAAUAUCACCAAUGCAAGAACAAGCUGAGGCCAUAAACUCUACAGAUAAGGCUGAUGAGCUACUUGGCAAGAUCCAAGGGCUACAGGAAGAAAUGAAGAGAAAGGAUCAGAUGAUCGAACAACUGCAACAACAGCUGAGCACCAGAUGUAAUUGCCAGAAAGGAAAUUCUGAAACACAAGGACCAGCUUUUUCAAAUGCUGACAAAACCACCCAAACAGUCAAUAAGGAAACUUCUGACAAUUUAAACGUUGCAGCAGUGAAGAAUUCUGUCCUUCAUAUCCCUGCUGACUGCUCUGUUGAAUCAUCUCACUAGAGACUGGUACAGACCCAAUCCCUCAUCGCCAUGGUGACCAUCACAAGUGAGUGCUAAUGUUCUGCUUCCUUCAGAAUGAAAGAUAUUAAUGUUUCGAUAUCAAUCUCACUAAAUGGUAGACAGCUUCAUCAUAAACUCUAUUUUGGCAGAGUUACUUACCAAGCCUGGUAGCUGUUACCCAUUCCGAUCAAACUUUCACUUCUUUUCCAUUGCUCAGAACUUGUGCCAAAUCCAAUUAAAGAGGUCGAAAGAGAGCAUGGGGGGACAGGGGCGGUGGGGGGUGCAUCACAAAGUGGGGCUACUAUCCCAAUGAAAGGUGAGGGGGCAUGUACCAUGAUUUCAGACUGCUGUAUGUCAGAAUAUAAAUUGUUACUGUAAAAGAACGUGUAUUGCUAUCAAAUACAUUUAAAAAGCUGCCAUUCUAAUUUAUCAUCAACAGAAGCCUGCAUUUAUGUCUUGUGUUUAACAUUCUGAAGCACUUAACAAAAGCGAUGUCAUUAUAUAUCACCAUACCUGGUCUCCAGAGACACUUGAAGGUGUGCUGUUAAUAAUCAUAUUCUUUAUGGUUUCUUCAAAUAAAUAAAAGGAGCUCAGGUCA